AAUUGAAUUAGAUUUGUAAAAUAUAUUUGUAAUAUAAUUUUAUCUGUUAAAAAUAUAUAAAAAAUGGAUAUAUACCUGUUAAAUGCAAAUAGAUUGAUAAAAGUUAGACAGAGGAUUUUUAAGUUCUAUUCUACAAGUAUAAAUUCGAAACAAAAAGACUUCUCAUUUUCCAAAGAUGGAAAAGGUGCAACUAAAUUUGGAAACAACAUUCUUGUUAAAAUGCUGUCCCGCAAAUCAAAACAACUUAAAUUUACCACAGGUCAACAAUAUAGAAACUGCUUUCAUCCCGGUGUAUCUUCAAGCCUGCCGACACCCAGCAUUAAUAAAAAAGGUUCUAUAUGUGAUGAUGAAGAAGAAACUCAUAUUUCAUCUCGACAAAUGUUGAGUGAAAUGUUUAAACACAUAUGGCCAAAGGAUGAUUUUUAUAUUCGAAAACGAGUUAAAAUAUCUUUAGGACUUCUGGCUGCUUCCAAACUACUAAACGUGUGUGUACCAUUUGUUUUUAAAGCUGGUAUAGAUAAUUUGAACUUCAUUACUCUUAAUGCUAGCUCAUCGGUGCCAGAAACUGCUUUUGCAGUCACCAGUGCUAUAUUACUUGGCUAUGGUGCUGCGAGAAUAGGUGCUGCAGGUUGUAAUGAAUUGAGAAAUGCUAUAUUUGCUAGAGUCGCUCAGCAUUCUAUAAGAAAAAUUGCUACAAAUGUUUUUUCACACUUGCACAAUUUGGAUUUGUCUUUUCAUCUUAAUAAGCAAACUGGCGCUUUAAGCAAGAUAAUUGAUAGAGGUUCACGUGGCAUCAAUUUUGUUCUAACAGCCAUGGUCUUCAAUAUUGUGCCGACAUUCUUUGAAUUGCUUCUUGUAUCAAGUAUUUUGGGAUAUAAGUGUGGCUUAGCAUUUGCUGGCAUUUCCAUGGGUGGUGUAUUUGCUUACACGAUUUACACAUUAUUAAUAACCCAGUGGCGUACGAAAUUCAGAGUGCAGAUGAACCAGGCUGAAAACGAAGCUUCAAAUAAAGCCAUAGACUCAUUGAUAAAUUACGAAACUGUUAAAUAUUUUUGCAAUGAGCCUUAUGAAAUUAAAAGAUAUAAUAAAUUGCUGGAGAAGUAUGAAAAGGCUAAUUUGAACACGAGCGAGAGCUUGGCCUUGUUGAAUUUUGGACAAAGUGCUAUUUUUAGUAUUGCUUUGAGCUCCAUUAUGCUUUUGGCUGGACAAGAAAUCAUUAAAGGCAACAUGACUGUCGGAGACUUGGUCCUAGUCAACGGAUUGGUUUUCCAACUAUCAAUACCUUUGGGAUUUUUAGGAUCCGUCUACCGUGAGGUCAGACAAGCUCUUAUCGAUAUGCAAUCAAUGUUUAGACUAAUGGGCCAUGGGUGCAAAAUAAAAUCUGAUAUCAACAUGCCCAAUUUGGUAAUAGAUCGCUCCACAUCCUCGAUUGAGUUCAGAAAUGUGUAUUUUAGAUACACAGAUAACAUAACUAAACAACCUAAAUAUCAAGAAAAAUAUAAAAUGGACGGACAAUCUAAAGACCAGGAUGGUAUUAACAAAAGUUUCAAAGAAGAUUUAAUUGAUGACGGGAACUGGAUUUUGAAGGAUGUCAGUUUUACAAUUCCUGCUGGAGGACGUUAUGCCAUUGUUGGAGGAUCAGGUUGUGGUAAGUCUACGAUAGUUAGACUUUUGUACAGAUUUUUUGAUCCCCAAUCGGGACAGAUUCUCAUUGAUGGCAAAGAUAUUAGGAGUUUUGAUGUGACCAGUGUUAGGCAGAAUAUUGCUGUUGUACCACAGGAAACAGUUUUAUUCCAUGACACAAUGCGUCACAAUCUACUCUAUGGUGAUUUAUCGAGUAAUGAGCAAGAAUUGCUAAGAGUCAGCAAAUUGGCUGAACUUCACGACACAAUUGAACAGUGGCCUGAUGGAUAUGACACACAGGUGGGAGAACGUGGCAUGAAAUUAUCAGGAGGCGAAAAACAAAGGGUUGCAAUUGCCAGGGCUAUCUUAAAAAAUUCACCCAUAAUGAUUUUUGAUGAAGCCACUUCAUCGUUGGAUUGUAUCACAGAAAAUAAUAUCUUGGAGGCCCUUUCAAAAGCGAGUCAGGGCCGCACCAGCCUUUCAAUAGCCCACAGACUUUGCACAAUCAUGACGAGUGAUGUUAUAAUAGUUUUGCAAAAUGGCAAAGUUGCAGAAAUUGGAAAUCAUGAUAAAUUGCUGGCUAAUGAAAGUGGAUUGUAUUACAGAUUGUGGCAGGCUCAGACCAGGGAAUAAUAGAGCGUAUUGAAACACUUUAUGUGAUUAGUGAAUUUAGAAAAAUAUUGAACAGAAUUUCUGAUAUUUAUUAUUGCACUCACGAUUAGUGUUAAACAAGCACAUUAAAAAUGUAGUACAAUACUGAAACAAGAAAUCACAAAAGAAGAUUUCUACAUGAGAAUUCGUGAAAUAAUCUAUCACAAUAUAGAAAUAGAUGAAAUAUUAAAUGAAAUCAUUUAGUAACUACCAGGAAGAAUUUUACUAUAUUUUAUUCGAGGAUUUGGAUACCAAAU